AUGGCGGUGGAAGGCUGCAUGAGAUGCGUCAAGUUUCUGGUUUUCUUCUUCAACUUCUUGUUCUGGCUCUGCGGCAUCGCCCUCAUCGUCAUCGGGAUCUAUGUGCAGAUGGAGCUCAACAACACGCUGAUCAUGAGCAGCGCUUCGGCCUCGGGCGCCCCCAUCGUCAUCAUCGUUGUGGGGGUCGUCAUCUUCUUCGUCUCCUUCUUCGGCUGCUGCGGGGCCUGGAAGGAGAGUUACUGCAUGGUCACCACGGUGAGGGAGGGGGCACGGGCAUUGGCAGAGCUAGGGGGGCGGGGAGUGCGCACGCUGCUCCAUGACGGGCUGGAGGACGGGAUGAAGAAAUACAACGACUCAGUUGUCCGGCAGGCCAUUGACGACCUGCAGAAGGAAGUGAGUGGGGCCAGGCGCUGCGACCUUUGA